AUGCCGGGCGUCAACAACUACUCUUCACCGAGAUUUGUCCGAAUGAACGGGCAGUCACCAGCGAAGCCGCAGAUGGCGAGUUGGGACUUUAUCAUGAUCCUGGUCAUGCCUGAUACUCCAGCCCAUAAAUCGUUGAGUGUUCGCCGUCAAUUUUUCCUCUGCCCACUCACCAUCGUCAUGGCCCCCACAGGAAUUGCAAUUCUUGGGUCUGGUAUCUUCGCCAAGGAAGCGCAUCUGCCCGCUAUCGCUAAGGUAGGCAGCUCUGCGGUAGAGCUCAAGGCUGUCUACUCCCGCUCCCAGAAGAGUGCCGCUGGGCUGGCCUCCGAAGCACAGUCUGCACUGAAGCUUGCAGCAUCCCCAGCCGUUUAUUCUGACGAUCAGCCCAACGCGAAUCUCGACGCACUCCUGGGGCGCUCCGACAUCACCGCUGUGAUCGUCGUCCUCCCCAUCACCACCCAGCCGAGCAUCAUCCUGAGGGCCCUCGCCGCGGGUAAACAUGUGCUCAGCGAGAAACCCGUCGCCGCAGACGUAGUGCGCGGACUUGCGCUGAUAAAGGAGUACGAAACAACAUACAAGCCUAAGGGUCUCGUCUGGCGUGUUGCAGAGAACUUCGAGGUGGAAACUGGAUAUCAGACUGCUGCGCAGCUGAUCAAGGAGGGCAAGAUUGGCAAGGUUACCUUCUUUAAUGCCCGCGUAGUCAACUACAUCGACCAGACAUCCAAGUGGUACAACACGCCUUGGCGGACUGUUCCGGAUUACCAGGGAGGUUUCCUUUUGGACGGUGGUGUGCACACCAUCGCUGCGCUGCGCGUACUGCUCCCGAGCCCACUGAAGACGCUUUCAGGAUUUGCAUCCCUGAACAAAAAAUGGCUCGCGCCGCACGACACGAUCAAUUCCGUCGUCCAGAGCGCGGACGGCUCGCACGGCAUCAUCGAGAUGACCUUCGCCGCGCCAUUGCCUUCACGCUCCCAGACCGCCGGGAACGGGAUCACGAUAACAGGCACGGACGGAUACCUCACGGUAAACCAGGUGCAGGUCAUCGAUGGCGGGUCGUCCGUCGGCCGCUUUCGUAUCACGCUGAGGACGGUACAGAAAGACGCCAACGGCAAGGAGACGGGCGAGGCGGAGGAGAUUAUCGACAAGCCCGUUGAUGGUGUCCCCCAAGAGCUCGCACGCUUCCUCAAAGCAGUCACAGGUGAGGACGACGGGAAGGGCGAUGCGCGCGGCGCACUUGCGGAUGUUGCGGUUAUUCAAGCCUCGCUCACGAGCAAUGGCUCGCCGAUAGAUCUGCAGAAGCUCGUCCAGUAG